UAAGGUUGGGUUGUUGAUUAAUAUGACUUGGCUCAGGUGCAAAACAUGGUGUAAACUCAGCAAGUUAAAUAAACUUAGUAUAUUUACCGACAAUGGAUUGAUGAAUUCAUUCACAGUCUGAUUCACUGAGUUAUACCUAAUAAACUGGCCACUCGGUUUACAUACUGUACAUUUGCGCUGAGGUUUCAGGUUAUAUUUUAUACUUUUAAUUCUGCACAAACUUAUGCUGUAGAGAGAAAUAUUAACAUUAAUGAAUAAGAUACAAAUGAUGUAAUUUGAUCAUCUUAAGGCAGCAAAUCCAAUCUCACCGGAAAAAAUUACAUACGCCAAAUAAAAGAAUAAAAAUUCAAAACUUUAGCAAGGUUUGCAGGUGUAUGCUAGUUGAUCAAGUGACCUGAUGUCAUAAAUCAGAUCUGUAACCUAUCUAGUGUGUAUCCUGUGUGCAGGUGUAGUGGUGUGUGUGUGUGUGUGUAUAUGUGUGUUUGUGAUCGAGAUGGAGACAAACCUUCGGAAAACCCAAUCUCUGAGGUGUGUUGCCACUGAGCACACUCUGUCCUGGACGGAGGCAGGACUAAGAGACAGGAGGAAGUCCGUCUCGCAGCUUGUGGCAGAAUAUCAGAAUGCAGUUACAGGAAAAGCAAAAGCAGGGGAUUCAGUGGAAAACAAGCAAAAGCAGACCCUCCAGUUUGCUGCCAUCCCCAUCACAGAGACCGAGUCUAAACUGGAGGCUCUGAUCCAGAGGAGCACUAAAGAAAGACCAUAUUCUUGGGCUGAUCGUAGCACCAGCACUCAUCUCACACGCAGUAAGUCGAUGGAGGUUCUUCCUCGCCAAAGAACCAUAAGCACAAGCGCUCUCAGAGAACUCUUUGAGACAAAGGUUGCCAUGAAGCCCAAGAGUGUUCACAAACCAAAGAGUACUGACAAGCCACAAAGCGCCCCAGUUACACAGAACGCUGGGAUCAAUCAUAAAAGCACCGAGGAUCUGCUGGUGUUUAUAGAAGCAAACGGCAUUAAGAACCAUGAGAAAUCAGUUGAACCACCAAAAGAGGAAGAGGUGAAUGUGACACCAAAGGUGUUGAGAGCUCCCCGGGUGGAACGAAGAAAAACCUCAACAGGAGUAUAUACUGAAAGAAUCGUUCCUCAAAGAGACGAUAAACGGGAAUCAAUCGCAGACUUCCGAGACAGCUCCGCUCUGUAUGGACAGGAGAAGUUCCCUAUUUCUGUUAAAGCCAUCUCCGCAUUAUAUCUGUCGAAAGUGGCAGCUGCAGAUCCGACUGGGAACCUUUUAAAACCAGUUUGUACUUGUUUCUGUUCUUCUGCUCCAUUUGUUAAACCAGAGAAACAAGAUUGUACUUCUCCAACCACUCAAAAAGUUUGCAAGUUUCAGCCGGUUGUUCAGGACAGGUGCACUGCAUGCCUAAAACCAGUUUACUCCAUGGAGAAAAUAGCAGCAGAUAAAUAUGUUUUCCACAAAAACUGUUUCUGCUGCAAGCACUGCAACCAAAAACUCAGUCUGCGUAACUACACCACCCACUAUGGAGAAUUCUACUGCGUGUUUCACUACCAGCAGCUCUUUAGAAAGAACGGCAACUAUGAUGAAGGCUUUGGCCACGAGCAGCACAAGAAACGCUGGCUGCUGAGCACAACAAACAACACCGACCUCUUAUAAAUCGAGUAGGUUAUGAGACGGACGGUUAUAACAGCUCUGAAGUACAAAACUGGCGAUGAAUGACAUCUCAAGAGAAUGUUGGAGCCUCUUAAAGUCUGCUUUGCUCUGAAACUAAAGCUAAAUUUCUUCAUUUCUUUUUAAAAAUCAUGUAUUUCAGGUCUGCUGUAUUUUUAUACACCAAUUUUAGAGAGUUAUAGUGUCUAAGUAUUCCCUCGCCAUAUAACCCCAAUAAAAGCCAUUUCUGUUGUAGGCUGUAACAAUGCAAAUUGUGAAAAAGUUCAAAAGGGGUGU